AUGCCUGUUAUCACCGGCGGUCCCGGCGUGCCCAAGGCCGCACCCUUCCUCUCGCCCGCUAUCCUCCACAGCGAUUCCAACACGCUCUACCUCUCUGGCCAGUGCGGCGUGGACCUCGAGGGCAACUUCAUCGAGGGCAGCGUGGCGGACAGGACGAAGCAGACGAUGCGAAACAUCGCGGCGGUGCUGAAGGCGGCUGGGAUGGGUCUCGAGGACAUCGUCUCAACCACCAUCUACCUUUCCGCUUACACGAAGGACUUCGAGACGAUGAACAAGGCCUACGUAGAGUCCUUCCCGCCAGGAAUGGCUUUGCCAGCGCGAACUUGUAUUGGUGUCGCUGCGCUGCCGAAGGGAACGGACGUCACCUGUAUUGCUGUCAAGAAGCAGAAGUCGAAGCUCUGA